AUGCCCUCUAUUUCCCCAUUGGGCGAGCGGCUCACAAAAGACACCCUCAAUGACUACAACGUUGCAGUUACAUACAAGGAUCUACCGCUGGAACCGGAUUUCUUUGAAUGCCACAUUGACUUUUCCAGUUCGAUAAGCGAGACCUCCAAUGGAUCAGCCAAAAACGGAGAUAAGGAAGAGGCGCCUCAAGGUGGGUGGUUUCUGGGUAUUUUCUCACUGGAGAAAUCCACAUUGGUCGAGCAGCCCAAAGAGAAACAGCUCCUUCUAGGCUAUGUUCAGCUUAUAGGGUACAUCAGAUUGAACAACCUUAUAGGCAGUGACGGAUCUGCUAAUGCCGCCAAUAACCCGUACUGGAAGAAUCCUGAAUACCUUGAGCUUUACGGAAAGAACGAGCUAGAGUUGGAAAUAGACACGGUCAAGAAAACGCCGUUUUUGAAGCAGUACGGUGAAGAUGCUGCUAAGAAGCGGACUGGAGGGGUCAGCGACCUCAAUUCCACAAGCUACGACGGCAGAACGCAGUAUCUCGUGCACGAUCUUGCUUAUCAGUUCAAUUCAUUGUCGAAAGCGCCAGAUAAUCCCGAAACACAUUCUGAAGAAUUGGCCAGAGAGAUCCAUGAAAAUACCAUUCCUUUCUAUGUGACGGCACAGCUGCUUCUCUUCUCCAAUAGCAACAUCAAAGGAGGCCAGGAAAAAUACGUUGUGAAGGUUCCCAAGCCACCGAACGACCUCCCGCCUUCGUACAAUACCAAGCUGACUGGAGCAGCCGGUGACGCUGGACUCGUUUCCAUUCAGUACGCUUUGGUGGUGGGUGUUUCAGAAGAGGACGCUGGGAACCUCACGCCCCGAAGCGUCUACUUCCCGUUUGAGUUUCGUCUGGGUAAAAAGGGCUGGGAUAGAGAAUGGCUACAGAACGAUUAUCUUCAGCAUCCAGUGGUUGAUAAAGACUGGAAGGCGACGAUUGUGGACGAAACGACCCCUUCGAAAGCGGCGCCAUCUGGUCUGAAAGAAAAACUCCUCCGUGACAUCGAUACACUUAUAGAAAGCGAUGUGCACGUUGUGGCUGCAAACGAGAGAAGAAAGAGCUCUGUUUCCAAGUCGCUCACCGAAAACAAGGGUUUCAUUUCCCAGCUUCCCCUGAAACUCCGUGUCAGCUACCAGAUCAGAAUCAACAGCGUGGCGCUUUGUACGCUCACAAUGUCAAAGCCGUUUUACCAUGUUGGUGAGGAGGUUCAUUUUUUCCUAGACAGUGCACAGCAGAACGACGACGGCGCCCGUGUGGUCGGCUACCAGGCUUACGUGGAAGCUCACGAAGUCUUCAACCUAGAACAAAAACUGGAUCAACAGGAAAAACAGCCGUUUGUCAACACCUACAAAGUGACACCUACAGUCAAGCAAAACCUCUUUGCCACGGCCUUGGCGGAAAACUGGGAUUCCGAAAGCAGCCCUAUGAGAGUGGGUAAUGCGAUCACCUUGUCCAGCCAUAUCACACAGCAAUUCCAGAGCUCCAAGUUCAUGGAUCUCCGGUAUUUCUUUGUGUGCAAAUUCCUCCUCAACGAGUUCACCAAACCCGACGCCACCGAGUCCAUCAAAGACUACGCCGACUACAUACAGGCGUACAAGGUGGACAACGAAGGUACGGAGUUCAAAUUUGCCAUUCCGUUGGUGGUUUUGCCAUGA